GGGGGGGGGCGAGGGGGAGGAUGGGCGCCUGGCGGUAAAUUAACGGCGCCCGCGAGCUCGUCUGCUUGACGCUGGGCUGCGGCGGAGGAAGGAUGGUGCAGUCCUGUUCCGCCUACCGCUGCCGGAACCGAUACGACAAAGAGAAGCCCAUCUCUUUCCACAAGUUUCCUCUUACAAGACCUGAUCUUUGCAAGAAAUGGGAAGCUGCUGUUAAAAGGAAAAACUUCAAGCCAACCAAGUAUAGCAGCAUUUGUUCAGAACACUUUACUCCCGAUUGCUUUAAAAGGGAAUGCAACAACAAGCUUCUGAAAGAAAAUGCUGUGCCCACAAUAUUUUGUUAUACUGAACCCAGUGAAAAGCCUGAAGAAUUUGCAGAACAGCCAGAAGAUCCACCUCCACCACCUCCACCACCGCCACCACUUCCACCACCACCAGCAGCAGCAGCUCCAGUAUUACCACCAUCUCCAUCAACUCCUUUUCAUUUGUCUCAAAUAGAUGCCAGAUUUGUAGAUCCAAGUAUUGGAUUAUUGAUGCCUCCUCUCCAGACCCCUAGCAAUCUUGCUGUUUUUUGUGAUCACAACUAUACUGUAGAGGAUACAGUUCAUCAGCGAAAAAGAAUUCAGCAGCUGGAGGAACAAGUUGAAAAACUGCGGAAGAAGCUCAAGACAGCGCAACAGCGAUGCCGGCGUCAGGAAAGACAAAUUGAAAAACUGAGAGAGAUUGUUCAGUUUCAGAAAGAAAAAGACAUAUUGGCAGGAAAAGGCUAUGUGAUUCUGCCCAAUGACUAUUUUGAAGUUGUAGAAGUACCUGCCUAGAAGUCAUGAACACCAGUUUUCACUUUGCUAGGCCAAGAAAUUUAGUUUAAAAA